GAAAGCUGUGCUGCGUCAGCUCGUAGUUUCCACACUAAGGUAGUGCGGUUUUUGGUGUAAGUCGCGGAGGCAUGGUAAAUUUCACCUCGGACUAUGCUGCCUGUUACUAAGAAGGACAACGUCUUCUGAAUCCCGCUCCAGUGGAUUCACUCGUUGCUUCUUCCUCUCUGGCCCAUCCCAGGUUGUCUCAUCCAUUCUGCCAUGGUAGAGGCUCCUUUGCAAUUAUUGGCUAGUCUCCGUGACAGACCGCCGCGCUACACUUGCCAAAAGCCCACAGUCACCCGCCCGCAUCCUCUCUUUCAACCGUAUCUCCGCCAAGCGAGCAGGAGAAAGGCGCUUGUUCGGAAAGAGAUUCCUUGCAGCCACUCGCUGGCGCCUUCCUCGGGACUCAACACCCCUUGGCAACUUCAACUCAGAUAUAAACCGGUCUCUUCUUCCUCUCGUCUCUGUGCCUAGGCAGCUCUACAGGCAUACAAACCGGCAACCUUCACAAUGACACGGCAACUCCCUCAACUAUCUCGUCAUAUCGACGCCCAGGGUAGCGGAUCCAGUCAUCCUACCCGCACCAAUACCGCCUACACCGUGAAGGAAGCGCCGUUCGGGACUCCGCAGCCCAUUCGCAUUGUCGGGAUCGGCGCCGGUGCAAGCGGGAUCAACCUGAUACGCACCCUGAGAAACACCCUCGGCCCCUCGACGUACGAGCUUGUGGUCUAUGAGAAGAACGAGAAUGUCGGGGGUACCUGGUUCGAGAACCGGUACCCCGGGUGCAAGUGCGACGUGCCUAGCCACAACUACCAGUUCAGCUGGAGACCGAAUCCGGCCUGGUCGAGCUUCUUUGCCCCCGCGGCAGAGAUUGAGGACUACCUUUGCCAAAUAUGUGACGAUGAGAAGCUGCGGCCCUUUAUCAAGACUUCGCAUCAGAUCAUCGGGGCGGCUUGGUCGGAGUCCAAGGCCAUGUGGGAGUUGCAGAUCAAGAAUUUGGGGACUGGCGCCGUCUUUGAAGAUUAUGCCAACUUUUUUAUUGACGCAACUGGUAUCUUGAAUAAAUGGAGAUUCCCGGACGUGGAAGACAUCGCGCUUUUCGAGGGUACCCUAAUUCACAGCGCAAACUGGCCUAAGAACUUUGACUAUACAAACAAGACGGUAGCAGUCAUUGGGAAUGGUGCGUCCGGCGUCCAGAUCGUCCCAGCAAUGAGACCACAUGUUAAGAAGCUACACCACAUCAUCCGGACACCCACCUUGAUCAUCCCUCCCCGUGUUGCCACAAUGAAGAUGGGGCCUUCAGCAGCUCUCCUCGACCAAAUUGAGAUGGACGAGAACGAGCGAUUCUCAGCGGCGACGAUUGAGAAGUUCAAAAACGACCCGGCCUUCUACAACAAGUUUACAAAGACUCUCGAGAUGGACUCCAACAUCAAGUUUGCCAUCUCUCUCAUUGCGGGAAGCCCUCAACAGGCUUGGGCGCUGGGGAAGACUAAGGAAUUCAUGACGGCGAUGCUCAAGGGAAAUGAGAAACUCUGCAAGCAGCUGAUACCCGACUUUCCCCUCGGGUGUAAGCGACUCACUCCCGCCCCUGGAUAUCUCGAAUCGUUCCACGAUCCCCGGGUCUCCCUUCACACCGACGCCAUCAAGAGGUUUGUGCCGCAAGGCAUAGAAUUGGUCACUGGGGAUAUCCUCGAAGUCGACGUUGUCGUCUGUGCCACUGGCUUCGACUCAUCGUUCCUCCCCUCAUUCCCGUUAGUCGGUCGACACGGCAACUUGCAGGACGUCUGGUCCGAGCAAACUCCUAAAGCAUACAUGUCCCUUGCUGUUGCUGGUCUGCCAAACUUCUUCAAGUUCCUGGGGCCCAAUGCGCCUGUUGUGCAGGGUGAUGUCUUUACGCUUAGCGAGCACAUUGCCACUUACAUCGCCAAUACUAUCCUCAAAUGCCAGACAGAAGGCGUGCGGACUAUCGCCCCGUCUGAAGCGGCCGUGGAGGACUAUUUUGAGCACAUCUCAGCCAUCAUGCCUCGCACAGUCUUUGCGGGCGGAUGCAGAUCUUGGUAUAAGCAAGGCGAGGUCAACGGCCCUGUGACAGGUCUGUAUCCCGGGAGCCGUAUGCACUUCAUCCGCUUGCUGGAGCGAUUUAGGGGCGAGGACUGGGAGUACACGUAUGAGAAUGCGAAGCAGAACCGAUUCGCAUACUUGGGCAAUGGGUUCACGGCGCCAGAGAUGGCAAUGCUCAAGGCUGGAGCGCCGCCUUCCUGAAUACGGCGUUGGGGGCCGCGGGGACCAACAUUGCCUUGUACAUAGACAGGGAUAGACGGCUGGAUAUUAUACUCAGUGGCAUCACUUUCUGGGUGGUUUGCAGGCGUUGAUUUCUGGGAAGGGUCUAGUUCUAGGCAUGACGGAUGAUGAAGUCCGAUUUGAGUUUUUGACGAUUCAAGCGAGUCUAAUACCAGAA